AUGAAGCAACCUGUUGUAGCUAGUGUCAUCGAGUUCCCGAAACUCAUCAUGAUGAAUACGAACAUUAUCCUCGCGGCAUUUGCCAUCACCUUUCUGGCCUCUUUACCUCCAAGUUCGGCUUACGCCAAGCACAACUUAGAUAUCCCUAAUACCUUUGACAAACAUCUUGAUCAUGAACUGCAACCAUUUCUUCGGGAAAAGAGAGAGAAGGAAGCCGAAAUGUUCCAUCUAAGAAAUAAUAAUCCUUUGGAAUUAGAAGAAGAACCGUUGGAGCCAAAAUCCAUCUACGAGAGAAGAACGCUUGGAGAAGAGGCAAAGGAUAUUAAAAAAAGCGAGGAGCAGGAGAAACUGAGUAUCGACCCUAAAACAAACAACGAUGUUGCAGAAGAAGAGGAAGAUGCUCAGGAUGACGUAUUUUCAUACAGAAAUAUGCACGAUCUCAUCCAAGCAUUGAUUCUUGCGGAUGAAGAGGACAUUGCUGAGAGAUUGCAACAAUUGCGAAAGAAUACUACGAAAUCUGAGAGGUUUAAUAAUUUGCCGAAGCGUCAAGCGGUCGCAUCCGCAGCCGCAGCCGCAGCCGCAACCGCAUCAAACGGACUUCUCGGAGCGAAUCCGUGGGAUGUCGUUCCUCUGAUCGAUCUGGAUGCUCACUCUUGCGAGGUCGAGGCUUUCUCACACGGUCACUUGCACUUGUCGGGUACGAUCGUGCACGAGUUCUUCUGUGAGCUGAGGAAAUUUUGGCAUUACGGCCUGAUCGUCUUGCGGAACUUGAGGUCCGGGCUUAGCUUGGGGCCAUUGAUAGAUGGGGAUAUCGUCUCCGACAACAUCUUGGGCCACUUGUUUCAUCAUACCUCGCAUCUUCUCCACAUCGUUAUCAGAGAGCCUCAUCAUCUGCUGAUUUUGCCCGAUAUAAUCCAUGACGCCGUACCGUUCCCCAGCAUCAUUGGUGCCAUUCAUCGGCUCAAACAGGUCUUCUUCAAAGUGCUGCACUUUGGGAUCGAUCUCUUCCGCACACACGUUCGUCAUAUCUUCGUGCACUUGUUUUCUCAUCUACGUUUGGGCCUGCGAGAAAAGUUAUUAGGAAGUUUCAGCUCGGUACUUCCGCUGGAGGAGAUAAUCGCAGAACCGAUCGUGUCUACAGCGGCGUCUGCGGUGUCCACAGCGGCGGCAUCGGCGGCGGCAGCGACGGCAACGGCGACUGCGGCCACUUCCAGCGAUAGCUCAAUCAUUGUCCCGGAUUAUCAGACAUCAUUGGCAGAACUGCUGUCUUCGUUCCGCGGCUUCUACCACGGUUACUACGCGUCUGGAGUACCUCAUCUAAUUAAAACUGGUGUAAGUGGCAUCUCUUUGCCCUCGGUGUUCUCCGGAAUAAGCUCAUACUUGUCAAGAACACCCUUCUGUAACGGACCGAUUGAACAGAGCACCACAGUGACAACGUCCAGCACGUCGAGCUCCGUUGCUAUCGGUAGUGGCCCGGUAGUAAGCCCAGUGAUAGAGCCGAUAGUCCCUAUAGCACCCGUCGUUCCUAUCGAGACUGCAAAAAUUGCGAGCUCCUCGACCGCCACCGCCACCGUCGCCGAAACGCAGCCAGUGUUUUCCGCUCUGAUUCAACCGGAAGUCAUACCCAGCGUUUUGGAGGGCAACGUGGCAGCCGCUUCCGCUGCUGCUGCUUCUUCAGCGACAAACGUCGUCUCAACCCCGGUUGUUGGACAAGUGCCGCUUACCUUGCCGUUGCGCAAAUACAGACCGAGCCUGUCCACUAUCGCACCCGCCGCCGCGGCCGCGAGCGCUUCCGCGUCCGCUUCUACGGGAGGUCGCACCGUGCUCGGAUCUGCUCCAUAUCAUGGCCUUGAUCUGGACAUUGAUCGCAGAAUCAAAUAUCCACUUCGUUCGCGAGUCUUACCCGUCGUGGUUCCAUCGUCAGCCAUCGCAUCGACCUCCUCGGCUAGCAGCUCCGCCGUGGCUAGCAGCUCCGCCAUUUCCUCGGAUGCUUUCAACAUCGUCCUGCCCAGAGAACAGAUAGUUGGCGCUCUCGGUUAUGACUACCUACUGCCGGGCGACAUCAUUUCGGUCACCCUGAAGAACAAAGCGAUCCUGUUCGGCCGCGUACUCGAUGCCACCAGCCCAAUCACGUUCAGUUUCCUAAGACCGAAAAUACGUGCCUCUUUACUCCGUCACGGUGGACGGAUCUGGAAGCUCCUGCCUAGACACUUCAGGAAUCCCGAGUGCUAUAGGAAAUUUAACGAUCCUCUACUCUUGCGUUACGGUCUUUAGACAUUAUUAUGUAUCUCGUGACUAGUCCUGAAUUAUUGUCGACAUGUA